AUGACAUCUUUUGAGCAAUUUGAUCUUUUUGGAGUUCUGAAUAACUAUAGUCCUUCUAAGAGCUCCAACAGUAAGGAGGGAGGGAACUUUGUAACAGAAGAUUGCGCAGAGUCAAGGGACAGUAAUUCAUUUUCUGCAACCUCUGGGGUCUAUAAAGAAGACACAAUUGAGGAUGGACUCACAUCAUCCCAACAUCAACAAGAACAUCAACUUCAAUUGUGUUCUGAUUUUGGGUUUUUGGAGGAUUUGUAUUUUGAUAUCCUCUCCCCAUUCCAACCAUCUCAGGAAGAAAUUGAAAAGCUCAUUAGUCUCCAAACCGAUAACUCAGAACAUGUUGACCCUCAGAAGGAAAUGCCACAACCAUUUCAACUGGACUCACUUGGGAUUCUCAAGAACUAUGGAAGUGGAUUCAGACGACUGAACAGGGAAAAGAUCAACAUUCCAAAUUGUGACACAAGGUGUACUAAAUUGGGAGGUAAAAAAUUAUCAACAGAAGCAAUUUUGAGACAAGCUGCAGAAAACUUCAUACAAUCCCCUUCCCAAAGGAUUGUUGGUAGUUCUCUGUUUGGCCUCUCUGCUGAGGAGACUAGAGAUGUGCAACUUGUCCAAUUUCUCCUAGCUUCUGCUGAGAAAGCAGGUCAGCAACAAUUUAAUCGCGCUCUCAAACUUCUCAACAAGUGCAAUGAAUCGUCUUCUGAUACAGGAAGUCCUGUUCAAAGAGUGGUUUUCUAUUUUGCUGAGGCUCUUCGAGAGAAGAUUGAUAGAGAAGCAGGAAGAAUCACACCAAAACGACUCGUUUCUGUGGAUAUUGAAGAGGCCAUGAUGAGCUUGAAUUCCGCCACUCUUGCAUGCCAUGAAACCUUGCCAUUCUGUCAGAUUGGUCAAUUCACUGGAAUGCAAGCCAUCUUAGACAAUAUAACCCAAGCCAAAAAAAUUCAUUUAAUAGAUAUUGAAAUCAGGAAUGGAGUGCAGUGUACAGUGUUGAUGCAGGCUCUAGCAGCACGACAUGAAUGCCCUGUUGAGCUUCUCAAGAUAACUGCUGUUGGAACAAAAUCGAAACCAAAACUCGAGGAAACAGGUAAGCAGUUGGUGAGUUUUGCCCAAACCUUGAACUUGCCCUUUUCUUUCAAUAUAGUUAUGGUAUCAGACAUGCUUGAUCUCAAUGAAAACCUUUUUGAGCUAGAAGCUGAAGAAGUAGUUGCUGUCUAUGCUCAAUAUUGUCUAAGGACCUUGAUUCCAAAGCCAGAUCAGCUGGAAUGUUUGAUGCGAGUGGUCAGAAACAUUAAUCCAUGUGUAAUGGUGGUUGCUGAAGUUGAGGGAAACCAUAACUCUCCAGUUUUCGUGGACCGCUUCAUUGAAACUCUUUUCUAUUUCAGUGCAUAUUUUGAUUGCCUUGGAGACUGUAUGGACCAGAAGGAUCAAGAUAGAAUGAUCACUGAAUCAAUGUACUUUAGUUAUGGAAUUCGGAACAUUGUGGCAGCUGAAGGAAAGGAAAGGAACAUUCGGCAUGUGAAGAUUAAUGUUUGGAGGGCAUUCUUCGUGCGCUUUGGGAUUAUAGAGACAGAACUGAGCACAUCAUCCUUGUAUCAGGCGAAGCUCGUGGUCAAGAAUUUGAAUUGUGGGAAUUCUUGCACACUUGAUAUGGAUGGAAAAUGCCUAAUUAUGGGGUGGAAGGGAACACCACUAUCCUCUAUUUCUGCUUGGAAGUUCCUUUGA